AUAAGUAUUGUUACAACAAAGAAAUAAUCUACCAGACGCACAAUUCCUUACUUUUUGUGCUAAGUUUGUACAGAAUCACUGGUUUGAAGCAGGUUAAAUGAUUUUUAAGUCAGCUGUGAAAACCUGAACCUGUUAAGUGUUUCGCUUUUUUUAUUCAGUAUUUUUAUUUAAUUGCAGUUUGACCUGGAUUGUCUGCAAGUACAAUCCCGUAUGUUUCCUUGAAAGAAAUCUCUGAGAAUGACCCCUCGAUUAUUUUACCUGUAUAAAUAAAGGUGAUGUGUGCCUAAUGUCCCCCCUUCUUUGCUGUAUACUGCGCGCGACUAGACUCCCGUCUCUGAGUCUAUAGCAGCACGUGUAUAGAGCUAAAGCUCGGUUUAAUGAGCCUCGCGCCGCUAAAAACGAGCUCCUCGGUCAGAUAAACCUGCGCAGAUUUUAGAUUUAAACGCGACUGCCUUCUACAGAAAUGUGCGAGUAAAAUAGAAUCGCUGGCUUCCGGGCAUGCGCAGUGCUCUCUGACCCCUCCCCCCGCUCAUUUAGUUAAACCUGCACUGUUUCUUCUCAGUCUAUUCAGGAAAAUAAGAACCCCGAUUCUUCUCCAUUUUGUCGCCCUGAAUGCAGCGUUUUAAAACAUUUCCCCCCCUCUCCUCUCUCUGGAAAGCACGGCCCCCCAGCUGCUGUCAUUUUAUUUAAGGCAGAGACAUUGUGGCUGUUGCUGUGCCUGGUUUGGGGUUUAGAGAGACCGAGCUGUAAGUAGGUCGGGCUGGACUUAAGCGGCUUAGCUACGUCAGCCUAAAGCUGAGAGGAAUUCAUCCAAAGCCGUCCGCGGUAGGCGGGGGCCUAAACGAGGCUGGCCUAGUUAAGCCUGAUUCUUAUUGUGUGCAGCACAGCCAGUUUUUCUGUUGUGCAUCGUAGCUGUGAGAGAAACCAGAGUGUGAGUCCAUGCACUUGUUAGUUCAUAGUUUAUGACUGAGCUGAAGAAGAAGAAUUAAGGGUAAAUUAGAACUUUGUUUGAGUGGGGCCUUUGUGUCUCAUAGAUUAAAAGAAGAGCAGAAGGGAUAAAAAAGAAGAAAAAAAAGACAGUUGAGCAAAGUGAGGAGCCACUCCUGAGAGAGGGUCCAGAAGGGGUGACAGCUUGAGGCCUGAUUGGGACUUUGAGGGUCUACUGUGCUGUAAAGAUGGCAUCCAGCUCUGUGUUCCUGUCCAGCAUGGUGGGCAAAGCUCGCUCCUCCAACUUCACCCUCUCCGAGAAGCUAGACCUGUUGAAGCUCGUCCGCCCUCACAUCCGCAUCCUGGAGGAGCACACCAACAAGCACGCUGUCAUCGUGGACAAGAACAAGUGCUGGGACACGGUGGCCGAGCAGUACAAUGCCUUGGGAGGGGACAGGCCCCACCGGACCGCUCAGGGCCUCAGGACCCUCUAUAAGAGGCUGAAGGAGUCAGCCAAGCAGGAAGUGAUGCAGAGGAGACACGCCCAGCCAGAGUACAGAGGGAGCAUCUCGGAGCCUACCAGGAGGAUUAUGGAGAUGAUCCCUCACCUGUUCCACCACGUGCCCAACCACGACAAGGACCAGGCACUGCGCAGGUUGAUAUAUAACAAACACAGCUCUCCUAUUGAGAACCCGGGAAGCAGCUCCUCUCUGGCUGUACUUCAGGAUUACUCAGCAGGUGUCCCAAGUAUCGCUCACGAGGUGGUCCAGCUGGACCCCAAAGACGAUGUGAAACCACCACCAGAUCUCCCCAUUGUUCCCGCCCACACAGAGCAGGUGCUGGAUGGGCUCCAGGAGGAACAAGAGGAGGAGCAGGACCUGGGUAGUACCCACGAAUAUGAAGCCUCCUUGUCUCCCGCUCCUUCCUCCAUUAACAUCCCCCUCUCUGCCUCGCCGCUGCCGCUGCGCCACGACUUUUAUCCGAACGACUUCUACUCCCAUCACGAUCCAGACAGGCUGCGUCCUCUGCAUCUGCUUAAAGAGGAGCACGAGCUGGUGCUAGCCAAUCACAGGAAGGUCGCCCUGUACUUGGAGGAGAAGAGGGAGGGUCUGAAGAGGAAGCAGGAGCUGGAGGAGGAACUUCUGAGAACAAAGAUCAAAGUGGAGAAGUUAAAAGCUGCCCGGCUCAGACAUGGGCUGUCGGUUCCUCUAUAAUAAAAAGACACACAAACCGUACAGUAUGUCACCACUGUUUAAAAAAAUGUUUGAGGAUUUUAAUUAUAUUUUAAAGAAGCUUUAGACUCCUUAUGUUUUAAGAGCAGAUUUCAAACAUAGUGCCUCAUACAUGAAUAUGCUGUUUUGUUAUGAUGGAGCAUUUGCUGCAUUCAUAUUUAGACAUGUUGGAACAUAUUGGCCAGAUCGUAUUAGUUUAAAAACACCCAUUUGAUAUCUGAAUUAAGAUGUAAUAAAUGUAACAAGCUAAAUCGUUUGGACUUGAACACCAACACUCUCAAAGUAAAUGUAAAGAAAGCUGUCUCUAAAAAUUCUCUGUUACACUAGGAUUGUAGCAGAACUAUCCUAAGCCUUAAUGUGUCGCUAACAUCUGUUAAAGGAGACAUAUCCUGCAAAAAUCCACUUUUUAUCCAUGCAAUUUGUUGUGUACUUUGGAGUUUUUAGUAGUGCAGAAAAGUCCAAUUUAGUUUCUCCCGGUGCUGCGUAGAUAUAUUUAUCUUGUGUUUGAGAUGUAAAUUUUUUCAACACGUUAAAUUCACUUUGUAGUUUUCUGAACUAUUCUGUCACAGAAUUUUUAAUGGAAUUUCUAAAUAAGGUCUGGACUUACAAACUACAUAUUGAUGAUCCUCAUUCUCCUCUGGCUCUGGGUCAGACUCUGGCUCCAACAUUUAAAGUUGGAUGGACAAGUCUUCCAUUGUUCACAUUUUAAUUUGUAAAUAAACGUUCUGCGCCACUAUAUAGGUGUAAACUAUCAAACUAGAAUGGACUACAUUUCAGUUUCACUUUAUAUAGACCCCACUGAAUGAUUCAAAUUUGGAAAAAGGAUUUGAAAGCAUAUGUCUCCUUUUAAGAUGAGUAAAAUGUGAAAGUCAGAAAAUUUCUCUGUUUGCUUGAACAAAAAAAGGGAAAAUGGUUAUUGAUUUGAAUUUUUUUCUAUUAUUAAUGCUGUUUAAUGUGAGCUUGUCACGAAUGUGUUGUAAUGUUUUUGUAUACAACUCCUGUUAGUGUGUUUCAUUCGUCUUCAUGUUUAUCUAUUUAUUAUUAAAAGAAUGGAUUUUGAUAACAAAUUCGUCCUGUUGUUUUCAUUGCUUCUUGUUAAAGGAGGGAUGUUAUGGAUGAAAUCAUUGUUGAAGUUUGCUGUCUUCUCCAAAUGUUUGGAUUCAUGUUCGCUUCUCUCACAGCGAAGACUUGAUGCAGCAGUGCCCUCUGCUGGUGGCUUUUUUAACCAGCAGAUUAUUUUGUUUGGAUUUUUCACUGUUUUCAUUUGAUCUGAUGUCCUUGUCAGGAGAAAAUAAAAGUCCUCAGUGGGAUCCUGAAUCUCCUCGAACCCCUCAGCCCUCUGCCGGGUCAGA